CCCAAUGAAAACCCUUCCCUCACCCUCGUCACACCCCCUCUUGAUCAUAGCAAUUACAUUUCUUGGUCAAGAUCGAUGAGAGUUGCCCUAAUUUCAAAGAACAAACUUCGUUUUAUCGACGGAACCUUUGUUCAACCUGCUCAAGGUCACCUCUUGCACGAUCCAUGGCUCCGCUGCAACAACAUGGUCCUCUCAUGGCUUCAACGUUCUAUAUCAGAAAACAUUGCUCAAUCAAUUCUCUGGAUCGAUCAAGCUCAUGCUGUUUGGAAAAAUUUGGAAACAAGAUUUGCUCAAGGUGACAUUUUCAAAGUUUCAGAUCUGCAAGAUGACCUCUCCAACCUCCAUCAAGGAACCCUAGACGUUUCAACAUAUUUCACUAAACUCACCUCAAUUUGGGAACAAAUCGAUUCGCUUCGUCCAACACGUGAUUGCACUUGCGCCAUCCCCUGCACAUGUGGAGCUGCUACUGAUCUUCGGAAAUACAAAGACCAAGAUCGUGUUCUCAAAUUCCUCAAAGGCCUCACUGAUUCUUUCGCAACGGUUCGUUCUCAAAUAUUUCUUCUAGAACCCAUUCCCUCUUUGGAGAAAACCUUCUCCAUGGUCUUAGGUCAAGAACGCAGAUCUCAUGUGCCUCUCUCUGACUCCACUGAUAUCUCUUCGAUGGCGAUGGCUUUUCACCCUACUACUGCCUUUGGGGGAGCUUCAUCUCGUGGUCGUGGCAGAACAUCCCCAGGUCGUUGCAAUUUUCCCCCACGCACUUGUACUCACUGCGGUCGUCACAAUCACACUGUGGAUACAUGUUUCAUGAAACAUGGUUAUCCCCCAGGUUACCACUACAAAAGUCCUAAGCCUUCUAUCAAUCAUGCUGCAGAAUCCAGCUCCAGCGAUCACACUAUCACCUCUCCUCCAGAACAAUCUUUGGCUUCCAUUCAACACCAAUACAACCAAAUACUUCAGCUCCUACAACAACAUCAAAUCUCUCCUGCUCCUAUCCCUGAUGGAUGCCCUCAAGAUGGUGCUACCCUCCCUAAUGUGAACUCUAUUACUACUUCAAAAGAUGAAAAACUCAACGAGGACGAUUGGUUUAGCUGAGCGAUAUGGAGACUUAUAUGUGCUUCAAGCUCAGGCCACUCCUACUCACCCUUUACCCUCCUUUAGUAGCAAUAAUGUUUCUGAUUCUACUUCUAUUCUAUGGCAUAGACGAUUAGGACACCCUUCCCCUUCUGUUCAUAAAAUUCUUGCUAAACAAUGUUCUGAUAUCUCUUACAAUUUCAAUAAAGAAUUGCCUUGUCAUUUUUGUCA